AUGCUGGCGUGGACCAAGUACGAGAGGGGUGAGCUCACGGAGCUCAUCGUUGCACCGAGCCAUGGAACCAGUGGUAGUGUUGCUGCUGCGGUGGCAGGUGACGACGAGCAGGAGGAGCAGAGCAAGGAGAUUGUGGAGAGGAUGUGUAAGGUGGCGUUCUGGUGCGUGCAGCAACUGCCGGAGGCAAGGCCGCCGAUGAGUGCGGUGACAAAGAUGCUUGAGGUAGAGGUGGACGUAGCCCCGCCGGCGAACCCGUUCCAGCAUCUGAUGGCAGCACCAGUUGUGGCGAACCUGUGGACGACGACGAUGACGAGUGGUGGCAAUGGAACAAUAAUGGGAUCUUGA